GGCUGGGACCAGCGCGGGAGCGGGGGCUGGGGCCGGGACCCGCGGGAUGCUGCUGCCGCCGCUGCUGCUGCUGCUCUUGGCGGGACGCGCCGCCGGGGCUCAGCGAUGGCGCAGCGAGAACUUUGAGAGGCCGGUGGACCUGGAGGGGUCCGGGGACGACGACUCCUUCCCAGAUGAUGAGCUAGAUGACCACUAUUCUGGCUCAGGCUCUGGCUACUUUGAGCAAGAGUCUGGGAUUGAGAAGGCCGUGAGGAUAAGUACCAAUGUAGCUGUUGCCCUGUCCACCACACCAGCUGUGCUGCCCACCAGCGCCAUCCAGCCCAUGGGCACUCCUUUUGAGAUGCAGCCAUUGGAGAGCCCCACCCCCAAGCCUGCCACAACUGUUUUGGCAGUGACCAAAGUGUCAGUGGUCCCCACUGCUGCCACCACCAUGGCCACAGCCACGGAGGCCGUGACUACAGCAGCCCCAGCUAUGGCCACCGAGGCCCCCGCCGUGGCCACUGUAGCCCCAGCUGCGGCCACUGCUGCCGCUGCUACCACCAACAUCAUCCCGACUACCGCCAGCAUCCCUACAUACCCCCCAUCCACAAUCAGUGUGCUGGUUUCUCAGACCACAACCCUCCCAAAGCUCCCUCCUCCUCCUCUUCCAGCUACGGUGGCAGCCACGGUCCAGGCUACAGUUCAGGCCACAGCCCAGGCCACAGCCCCUGCCACACUCACCCUCUCUGCAGUGGCUUCUGGCCUGGACACAGAGGCAUCCACCCCAAAGCUGGUGGUCACUGCCACCCCAAGCACCUUGCCGAAGCCAGAAACCUCUCAGCCUCCAGGUGUCUUCGAGAAGAGCACUGUAGCUCUGGGAUCUGAUGCCCUGGUGCCCACUGAGGUGCCACAGACCCCUACCCCAGAGGCCCCACUGGCUACAAACCAGGAAGUAGAGGCAGAGGUACCAUUCCCCAGCGGGGACGCGGAGCCCCCAGAGGAGGGGAUCACCCAGCCGGAGCUGGACAAUGAAGUGGUGGCAGUGGGUGAAAAGACCACGACCGCCUCAGCAGGAGUAAAGCCCAAGGAUGAACAGCCGGGGCCAGGCCUGUUUGAUAACACCAUCGACUUGGGUAACUCAGCAGCCCAGCUGCCUCAGAAGAAUAUCCUGGAGAGGAAGGAAGUUUUAGUAGCGGUGAUUGUGGGUGGGGUGGUCGGAGCCCUCUUUGCUGCCUUUCUGGUCACGCUCCUCAUCUACCGCAUGAAGAAAAAGGAUGAAGGAAGCUACACGUUGGAGGAGCCGAAGCAGGCCAGCGUCACGUACCAGAAGCCGGACAAACAGGAGGAGUUCUAUGCCUAGAGGGACCUCGGUGCCUCUCCUCUUCCCUCCCUUCCCCCUGGCCUUCCUCUCCUCUCCUUCCCCCUUUUUGCUAACCCCUUGGACAGAACUGUGAGUCUUCUGAAUCCCUCUGCUGCACUGGACCCAAGUUACUGCUGGUGCAGGGGCACAUUGUCCGCAAACCUUUGUGCCCUCCCUCUGGCACGUGGGGCGGGACCUUGGAAAGGAGGCAGCCAGCCUCCCCUCUCCCAUCUACAGAGCCUGGAUCCCCUCUCCCCAGGCCCCACUUACUCCCAGAGGAGCUCUGAUCAGCAUCCAAGCUCCAGAGGAGCCAGAGGCUGGGGCUCCAGGGACUCUGGGCCAGAUUCCUAUCUGUGGGAGAAGUUAAGAGUCAGACAGAACUUUCUUUGGUUGACAAAUGAGGGGGCGAGAUGGGGAAUCCCUUUCUCUGCUCCCUUGGGCUGUCAAUGGCCUUCUCAUUGGGACUGGGAGUUUUCUCCUGGACUGGCAGCGGGGCACCUUUUGUCAUGGGGCCGUGAACCCUUAGCUUAGUGGUUUUAGGGACCCAUGGCAGCCAAUGCCAUCUCUUAGGCAGACACGUUUUGGCCAUGGCAAGUGAGCCCUGUGGACAGUGCUGGAUUGAAGGUGGGGGGAGGAUAGAGAGGAAGAGGGAGAGAGAGUCUGAGUGGAAGAGGGGCGAUAGUGGGAGAGGGGAGUGAGUGGGGAGCCUGCAGGUUCUCCACCCUCCCUUGCCCCUUCCCCCUGCUCCUGGGGAUCUCUCAGACCAAACCUUGAGUUACCUCCCAGUGCCAACCAGCGUCAGGGUUAACAAGCGUGUGGCUUUGCCAAGAGUGCCUGAGAGUGGCUGGCUCAAGCCUUCUCCAGAGGAGGGGGGACAUUCCUUCUCUCCCUCCCCCAUCCUCCUUGCCAGACUGGGCACAGACUGUCUCUGUGGCUCGAGCUGGCGAGGGUGGGGGGAGCGUCUGGGCAGAGAUGUUCUGCUCAAGGCACAGCAGCCACCCAAGGAGGAGUGUUUGCCAGACACGACUUCGUCACAACCAGCCACGUAUAUCACUCACAUGACCUAGCAUGCAGACAGUCACAAAAAAGUCACAUACACCAGGCCCAUCAGCCAUACCCUCAUGUGUCCCAGCAGAAUUCUCCCACACGCCAGUCAUUGACAUACCCUGAGUUGGUAUCACCAGCCUCAUGUUCUCACAUGCUGGAGCCGGGCAGCUGGGGAAUCUCUUUAAAAGAAAAGAUGAGAAGGAGGGAGUGGGGAAGCUGCUUUUCCCUGAAGGUUCUGGUGCCUGUCUUCCACCUCUCCCUGUGCUGACAGAUUAUUUGCUCCUUUCCUGGAUUCAUGGAGCUAGUGGGACAAGCCAGGGUGGGUGGUGGGAUGGAAGAAUAGUCUGACAGGUUCAGCUUUAAGGAUGAUCCUGUGAAUUUGGAAGGAAGGGGACACUCCUGGUGAACCCAGGAACCAGGGCCUGACUUCUGUGGUGGAGUUGUAAGGGUGCUUCCAGUCUGCCAGUUCCAGACUCCCUCCUUCACGGACUAGGCAUGGAAAUGGGGAAGGAAGGACUUUCACUGAAACUGACUGACUUCCUAGGAAUGGCCUCAGGCCCUUGACUUCCAAGGCGAAGCUGGCACCCACCAGUUCAUGGGCCUAGGUGUCUGCCACCUCUCGGAAGCCACUUAGUGCCUGCCUGGAUGGAGACAUGAGCAGCCCCUAGCCCUCUGCCCAGCCCUGCUGCCUCUUGACUAGUAUGUGGACACUGGCCCUCCCCUUUGGGAACCCCUGUGGGGGGACUGUUGAUCAUCCCAAGGCCCUUUGGUGCCUUCUCCCCAGAGGGCUCCCAGGAGCCGGUUGGGAGGUCCCUGCCCCAGAACUUGUGGUUGGUGAAGAUUCUGCUGGCAGGGGGCUCCCUGUCUUACGGACUCCACUCUUCCUUGUCCCUGUCCAGGCAUCUCCAUACUCUUAGACCUUGUCUGAGAGUGGUGCCAUGUUCAUAGACAAAGCCUGGCCCAUACAGUUUCUAUCUUCUGCCCCCUUGAGAGACCUGAGGAACCUACCAUCUCUUCAGAGCAUCUGCUGUUGGAGGCCUCCGCACCUGGACCCUGGGCCUCCCGGGGAGCCACCCAAAGCUGACAGUCGAGAACUGAAACAGCAUGGUCACCUGUGGGCCUCGCGCUGGGGCCGGUCUGUUCUGGACAGAAACACUCUCCUUCAGAGGCAUGGAGCCUGUUGCGGGCUGUCUCAAACUUGGGGGAGGUGGUUUUGUGCUGGGGGAGGAGAGGCCAAAAGGAGUUCCAGGGAUAGAGUCCUGGUUUUUGGACUUCUUGCCUCCUAUCCCCACCCUUAAUGUCCUAUUGAUCUCAUUCCCUGUGCUUUAUCGGCUCCUCCGGCCCAAAGCCAGAAAGUCAGGCCACCCCCUUGGUGAAUUCUGAAGUGGGGGGAUGGGGAGAGGCUUGUAGCUUCUGGGGGAAUGUGAAAGCAGGGAGAAAAGUCUGGUCUGACUCCUGGAUGGCAGCUUGAGCUGAUGGACCAGAUCCCAGGAGGGAGGUGUGGAAGGGUCUCCAGAUGCUGCUCCCUGCUGCCUCAUUUCCUCCUGCAGACUCCUGUCCAGAACCUAUUUUCAGUUCGAUCCAGGGCCUUCUGCCCACUUGUAGCACUGGUACUUGCCUUCUCCCAUCAGUCUUGUUUCUCCAACCACCCACUUGUAGGGCCAUGGUGGUUGGCAGGCCUUGAGGAAGAGUCUAGUGUCAUCUCCAAGAUGCCUAGUGGGGCCAGUCUUCCUCAGGCUAGGAGCUCACUGGAGUGCCAGAGCACAGCUGGGGAGAAGUUGGUCCUCAUGUUCAAGUGAGGAGGGGCAGGGAAUAGGGUUUUCUGAAUACCAGUUGCCCCUUCUGGAUCCCUAUACUAGUGACCUUUUCCUAGGCUUCAUCUUUUGUCCCUAAAGUUGUCACGUCACCAUGGGUUCCCAAGUCUGAAUUGACGUAUGGUCUUGUGGAUAGAAAUGGGAAGGGACUCUGAGAAGUAAAGAUGAGGUAAUACUGCUCCCAGAAAACUGGUGGGGAGAGUGUGGAGAGGGGUCAAGCUACUGUCAGUGUUCCUUUCCUGGGACCUCCCCUUCCUUUAUCUGACCAUGGGUAUGAUAUGAAUGUCACAGCAUCUGGCGUGUUCGAAUGACCCCAUUUCUAGGCAAGGGCUUGGCUUGGGGAGGAUCUCUUGGGGGUGGGGAGGGGGGUGAGAAGCUAUAGGUAGCAGGUUGCCAGAAGUGAGUUAUGUGUGUAAUGAGGGCAGUCUAGCCAGAGGGGAGUUCAUAUAGCCUGAGAGCUUCCUCUAGGCAAGGAAAGUUGGGGGGUUAGGGGCUGGAGGAAGCCCUCAAGGAGUUGGGUCAUUGUGUCUACAGCCUUGGUUCACCUCAACCCCAGGAACAACAGUCCCUGAGGAGACCGUCUUUGGUGACUCAUUUCUCCCAUUUCUGGGGGUCCUUGGGAACUGAUGGGAAUGGCCACUAGUACAGUGCCCAAUGGGAAAAGGAAGGUAGAGGAGAAAGCUAACUGGGCUGAGGAGCCUUGUGGUCAGGAGCUUGGGGCCCCCUUGUGGGUCAGCUGGUGUUGGAUUCAGGGCCUGAGAGAUGCUGAGAGCUUGGGUUGGGAGGGCUGCCAGGAAGCAGACAUUCCCAUUCUCCCUAGACUCAACUAUUAGCAAGGCAGCUUCGUUGUAAAAAGCUGCCUUUUGGGGUGUCCCUAUGCAUUUUCUAGGGCACCUUUUCUCUUUCAGGGCAUCUCAUCCACAAUUUCAGGACAAAUAUUCCUCCAUGUUUUAUAGCCACCCCUUCCUCCUCUCCCCAUUCAUGGGGCAGUGACCCUAGGCUGCUCUCCUUGUAAAUAGGAAUUGAAGAAGCCUGUAUAGAUUUACAGAUAGCAAGAUCGGCAAAAGACCUGGGGAUUGAGGAUCUCAGGGUACAUGGUCCAGUCUAGAGAGCUUCUGAAAGUCCCAGGCUCUGGCACUCACCCUGAAGAAGCCUCCUGGACUGCAGCUGGCACCAUGGCCCUGUCCCCCAAAUAGUGUGAAUGCAUGUAAAUAUUUUUAACAGGAACUGUCUCAUGCAGCAGACCCCUCUUUGGGGGCUCUCCCUCUAUAGAACCACCCCUGGGCCUGGGACUUGGAGGGGCAAUUGUCUGUGCAUCCAGGUGGAAGAAUGGGGAGAGCAGAAACCCCCUACCCCCACCCUAUCUAUAUCCCUCCCAGUCAACCUGUUUGUUAACUGUUUUUGUCCUGAGUUUAUGGCCAAAACUUUUGAAUAACAAGGGAGAAAGAGACCAACUGAACCCUUCCCCAUCAUGUCAGGGGCAGGGGAGGAACUAGUCCAAGCCCUGGGCUCUUGGCCCAAUCCUGUAAUGGUACCAUUAUUAUUAUUAUUAUUAUUAUUUUUUAAUUCUUUCUGUGUUGUGCCCAUUUAUAAGAGGAAAUAAAAUAAGUCAUUGAAAGGAUGCUCCCUGGCUGGGAGUGGGGUGAGCAUCAGAAUCAUUUCUCCAGGCCUUGACCUCACAAAUCCCUGCCAGCCUAACUGGAAGCCACCCUCAUGUGCCUCAACUCCUUCCUCCAAGGCAACACCCUGGGACCACCAGUGCCACUUUUGCUUUUAGAAGAGCCUAAGGGGAAAAAAGGGAACUUAAUUAUCUCCUGAGAACCAUUAGUGUUCCACAACCAUUUAUUAAGCACCAGUUUAUUACAGAGUACUCUUAACUGCUGGGGAAGAGAAAAGAUUAGAACACUCCUUUCCAUGAAGUUUAAGAGUCUUAAAGGGGGGCUUUGACACCAACGAGAAGGUAAAAAUUGAAAGGUGCGACAAAGGAAAGUGAAGGAAAGCUCGUGUUCAAGGGGUGAGAUCGAGGAAGGCUGUAUGGAAGUGGCAUUAGAACUGAGGUUUGAAGGAUGGGUAGAAGAAUAACGAAGCUGAGGCCCAGAGAGGUGGUGAAGGGGUCAUGUGGGCACCGAAUGGCAGAGCCAGGAUUUUAAAUCUGGUUCUUUCCACUGUGUAACAUUGCUUCUGCUAUGAAAGGCUCAUUACUGGAAGACUGGCCAUGAGACAAUGAUAUUGUUGGCCAUGGUGACACUCAAAGCAAAAAUCAGAAAGGUGCUGUGUGGCCUCCAUCUCCCUCAGUGAUGGUGGUGGAGAAAGAGGGCAGGAGAUGCUAAGUAUCAGUUUUUUAGAACCAGUUUUCAAACUUUUCUAUAAACUAACGCUUACGUGCAACUUGUGUUUAAUGACCCAAAAUUUGAUAUUCUAUUGGAGUAAUCUGUUCAUUGAGAUCGAGAAGCAGUGUGCUGUAAGGGAAAGGAUGCUAAUUUUAGACACAGGCCAGACUUGGAUUCAGAUCCUGGUUCUGACGCUUAGCUAUGUGAGCCUGGGCAAGUCACUUAAACUCACUGAGCCUCAUUCUAUAGAGUGGGGAUAAUCGUAUGUACUGAACAAUGCUUUGUAAACCUAAAAGAGCUAUAUAAAUGCAGGUUAUUAAGCAUACCCAUAUUAAUCUUGCUAUAAAUAAAAUAGAAGAUAUAAGAUAGUUGCAGUAACUAGUAGAAUGACUUGUAGGUUCUUGGAGAGCUAAAUAAAGGCAUUGAUUUCACAGAUUA